UUUCCGUGGAUGGAUGGAGGAAAGGGGGAUUCAGCGGCUGUCCUCUCCAGUCGGCUCGCGCGCAGCGUUGUGGUUGCGGGGAGCUGCGGGGACCGUUCAUGGGGCUUAGAAUGACCGCCGAUCUGCUGCCGCACCAGGCGUGAAUCCAAUCAGAAAGCCCAUGGAGCAGGAUGUGGAGAGCCCCACCGUCAUGAAGAAGCCAAAGCUGCCAAAGCAGGCCCGAGAGGACCUGCCCAAACAACUGGUAGAAAUAGAUCGAUCGAAGAAGAUCCAGCGGUACGUCCAGAAGGACGGCAAGUGCAACGUCCACCACGGCAACGUGCGGGAGAGGUACCGCUAUCUGACGGACAUUUUCACCACGCUGGUGGAUCUCAAAUGGAGGUUCAACCUCUUCAUCUUCGUGUUGGUGUACACGGUCACGUGGCUCUUCUUUGGCUUCAUGUGGUGGCUAAUCGCUUACCUCCGGGGUGACCUGGACCAUAUUGCAGAUAACCAGUGGACUCCAUGUGUGAAUAACCUGAAUGGCUUUGUAUCAGCUUUCCUGUUCUCCAUCGAGACGGAGACCACCAUCGGUUAUGGAUACAGAGUCAUCACGGACAAAUGCCCUGAGGGUAUAGUUCUGCUUUUAGUUCAGUCGGUGCUGGGAUCUAUCGUGAACGCCUUCAUGGUGGGUUGCAUGUUCGUUAAGAUCUCACAGCCCAAGAAGAGAGCAGAGACUCUAGUGUUUUCCACCCAUGCAGUCAUCUCCAUGAGAGAUGGACGCCUGUGCCUGAUGUUUCGAGUCGGAGACCUGAGGAACUCGCACAUUGUUGAGGCUUCGAUCAGAGCCAAGCUCAUCAAGUCAAAGCAGACCAAGGAGGGGGAGUUCAUCCCUCUGAACCAGACGGACAUUAAUGUGGGCUACAACACGGGUGAUGACAGGCUCUUCCUCGUGUCGCCCCUCAUCAUCUGCCAUGAGAUUAACCAGCACAGCCCUUUCUGGGAGAUCUCACAGGCCCAUCUCGCCAAGGAGGAGCUGGAGAUAGUGGUGAUCCUGGAGGGAAUGGUGGAGGCCACAGGAAUGACCUGCCAGGCCCGCAGCUCCUACGUCAGCAGCGAGAUCAAGUGGGGCUACCGCUUCACGCCGGUCCUGACGCUGGAGGACGGCUUCUACGAGGUGGACUACAACAGCUUCCACGAGAUCUAUGAGACGGACACUCCCCCCUGCAGUGCCAGAGAGCUGGCUGACAUGGCCAGCCGCGCCCGCUUGCCUCUCACCUGGUCUCUAGGCAGCAAGCUCAGCCAGCAGGGGCUGCCCGAGUCUGAGCAGGAGGCCCAGGAGACCAAAACCAGCCUGGAGAACGAGGGCAAAAGCCAGCAGAGCGAGAGGAACGGGGACAUUGCCAACUUAGAGAGUGAAUCCAAAGUGUAGCGAGCGCUCACCGUUUUAUAGGACACCACUGAAGGAUCCACACAAUGAAGACCAAUGAGCACAGUAGACCAAGAAUCCCUUCACCAAGACCCGCCUCUUCUCAGUGAGUGACCCCCCCCCAGAACAGCUAAAGAUGUAGACAUGUGGCCUCCGCUGGACUGAAACUCUCUGCGGCAAGUGCAUGUUUCAAAUCAAAUGUGAUGUCCUCCUGACAGGAUUCCUAUUAUUUUUUCUAUUCAAAUAUUCCUAGGGGCAUUUGCAUAAGUAUUUUUGUAUAUAAUAUAAGCAGUUUUGAACUCUUUGUUUUGUUGCUGUGAGAAUAUUUGACUGAUGUUUGAUACUGAUACCUUUAGGUUAGUUCUGUACAUAUUCUAUGCCUUACUGUAUGUAUAAAGCUUUCAUUAUUUGUUUUACAGAAUUAUAUCUAAGCAUGUAUGAACAUUUCCUGCAGUAAGUUUAUCUUGUAUCAUACAUAUUCUGUACAAGGAUAAUGUUUAGGAGAAAAAUCUCAAAAUCUCAAUGGAUGCAAAUUCUAGUUUAAACCAAUGACAAAUUCUUCCCAGAAUCAUGUGUCUGUUUGAAGUAGUUCUACUCGAAGCCAUGCCCUGCUGUUCACAGCUGACUGACUUCAGACAACGGCCCUUUAAAACUGCAUUUUGUCACUUUUGCACACUGGAGACUUUUGGUCUGCAGGAGUUUGUUGGUUGAUAUUUCAGUCUCCAGAAAUCCCUGACAUGUCACCUAACAGCAUUGACAAUAAAUAAACAAUAAGCGUGUAUUAUGCACUCA